UAUCGCCUUUCUUCCUCUCACGUUUCUCACCCCCUAAUUAGUUUUUUUAAUUAAACUCUCAGAUAUAUAUAUAUAUAUAUAUAUUUUUUUUUUCUUUCAAUUUCAAUCCAAAUUUUACCUUGCAGUUUCGAAUUUAUAUAUAUCAACCUAGCGAGUUUUGUGAAUUUCUUCUUUGAUCAAGAAGACUCCAAUUGCUCCACCCUCGGUCUUGUGGAGUAAACAAACAAACAAAAAAAAUCACAAUUGUUUUCUUCAAGAAUCACCAAAACCUGUUUUAAUCAGAGACAUCAGACAUGUCAGGUGUUGGCAAUGAAGUGACAGGUAAAGUCAUUGUCAUUAUGGGUGUAAGCGGAGCAGGGAAAUCCACCAUAGGUACGAUGUUGGGAAAAGCUCUAUCUUGUGAUUUUCUUGAUGCCGAUGAUUAUCAUUCUUUAUCAAACAGAGAUAAGAUGCGCCAAGGCAUUGCUCUUUCAGACGAAGAUCGAAUGCCGUGGCUUGAAAAAAUACAGGAGAGUUUGCGAAAACGUUUACUAAACGGAGAAACCGUUGUUCUCGCGUGUUCGGCAUUGAGAAAACAGUAUAGAGAGAUCUUGAGAGGUUCUGAUCCUGAUUACAAACCCGGAAGCUAUACGAGUUGCAAGGUUAAGUUUGUAUUAUUGGAAGGUACCGCAGAGGUGAUCGCUGCUCGGUUACAGAAGAGAGCUUCUGAAGGAGAACAUUUCAUGCCUCUCACUCUUCUUCAGUCUCAGUUUGAUCUGCUUCAUGCUGAUGAAUGUGAAAAGAUAUUCAAAAUCAGUGUUGUUCUAAGCCCUGAAGUUAUAGUCAACACAAUUCUUGAAAUGGUUACUAAUUCUUUGAACCCUUGAGAGAAGACUUUAUCCAAAACCAAAACAAAAAAAAAGCCCUCAAGAGAAUAUAUGAAAAUUCUCAGGACAUUGUUAUUCAUCUUUUGUAUUCAACAUAUCAAUAAGCAAAACUUGCUUUCAUUAUAAAAAUGUACAUUGUUUCAUUUCA